ACGCGUUGGAGAUGUCGGGAUUGAUCCAACCGAAAAUCGUGUAUACCAAAUGUCUGCGUCAAUACCUCCCCUGUUGAGCUCCAACUAAAAUUCUCUCUUCUUCUUCAGAAAACGAAAAUCCUAGGGUUUGAAUUAUCCAUCUACGAGAUCUGCGAAAGAAAAUUAGUGAAUCGUAGAUAAUAAUGGAAGGUGGUGGUGGUGGAGGAGGACCAGCUCCGUUUCUUUUGAAAACAUAUGAUAUGGUGGAUGAUUCAGCAACUGAUGAUAUUGUUUCAUGGAGUGCAGCUCAGAAUAGUUUUGUUGUUUGGAAUUCACCCGAAUUUGCAAGGUUAUUGUUACCAACUUAUUUCAAACACAACAAUUUCUCCAGCUUUAUUCGUCAGCUUAAUACCUAUGGAUUCCGGAAGAUUGAUCCGGAGAGGUGGGAGUUUGCAAAUGAAGAAUUUAUAAAGGAUCAGAAGCAUUUGCUUAAGAACAUUCACAGAAGGAAACCUAUCCAUAGUCACACACAACCUCAAGGUUCAUCAGGGGAUAGCGAAAGAGCGGUAUUUGAAGAAGAAAUUGAGAGGCUAACACAAGAGAAAUCUGUUCUUCAGACCAAGCUUUGGAGGUAUAAACAGCAGAAAUCAGGAGUGAUUCUUCAAUUGGAGGACACAGAAAAAAGAGUUCGAGAAAUGGAGCAGAAGCAGCUGAGGAUGAUGGCCUUUGUGGAAAAGGCAGCUAAAAAUCCUUCUUUUGUGGAACACCUCAUUAGAAUGACUGAAUCUCAUUUAGAUUUAUCAGCUGUUAAUAAGAAAAGGCGAUUGCCCAGGGUUAAUAAUGCUCCAGAAAUUUCAGAAAUUGUGUUAGUGGGUGACAAUAGUUGUAAUUCCAAGGCAGAUGCAGGCCGUGUUUUCAACCAAGAUUUCUCUAAUAGGUUGAGGCUUGAGUUAUCCCCAGCUGUAUCAGACUGUAAUAUGGUUUCUCUGAGUGGGCAAGGAUCGUGCGAAGAUGUUGGUAGCUCACUAAAGAAAAAAUCCGAUGAAGAUCCAAAUCAUGCAAACAUGAGAACCCAAGGUCUUUCAUUUGAGUCAGAGAUGAUAGAGCCAUUGGAUGUGGGUGGUAAUGGUAUGUCAUUUACUUUGAAAAGGGUUGAUUCAUUGUCAAGAGCACUGAGAGUAAAUGAUUUUCCUUCCACCAAAGAUGAUGAUGACCAUAUUUCCUGCCAUUUAAAUCUAACACUUGCCUCCUCAUCGUUGCAACUCAACAAUGAUAACUCGGCUCGAUUUCCUCAGUUCGGUCAAGAAGCUGUUACUUCCUCUGAGUUGAGAUCUAGUGAGAGUGUUAAAGAGACUACUGAACUUAGAGUUUCUGUACCGAACAGAAAACCUGCUGAUGAUGGUCCACGCUUACCGUCUUCGCAAGAGGCACCAGCUAAUAAUCAUGGGUCUGGAGCUGUACAGGGCCGAGUGAAUGAUGUUUUCUGGGAACAGUUUCUAACUGAAAGACCUGGUUCGUCAGAUACUGAGGAAGCAAGCUCUAGUUUUAGGGAAAACCCGUAUGACGAACAAGAAGAGAGAAAUAUCGGGGAUGGAAGAUCGUUGAGAAACAAGAAAGACUCAGAGCAGCUCACCCUGUAAGAACUUUCGGAGACUACGUAGAUGUAAGAGUUCUUCCCUACCAAGCUAUGUAUUGUCAAUUUGUUUAUGUUUUUUUCUCUAUGUCAUAGUUAAAAUAUAGACAUGUGGUAGUCUGUGAAUAUAUGUACAUGUCAUUGUAUUCUUCUUCACCUUGUUUUCGAAACUAAUAAAGCUUAGUUGGAAGAGAAGUACA